AUGGCUGGCAAUUGCGACAGUGCAGAGCUGGCAGCUCAGUUCAAAGCUUGCCUUACGCAAGUGACCUCGGAAACAUCGCUACCCCUCUUCGUGCUGGUGAAGGGCGCAAGCGUCAAGCUCCUGUCGAUCCUCCUCGUGGUGCUGGAUGAUGCACCCUCCGCGUCCGAGCUCAAACACUACAUCGACGAGAUGCAGACGGACUUCACCACGCAGCUCACCGGUGUGCAGACUGCUGUCAACGUCUCCGUCGCUGACACAGCGAAGAAGGUCAACGAGUCCUGCGUGGGUCUCGGCAAGCAAGUCGAGAAGCGGAUCGCCCCCCUCGAGGCCAGAAUUCGGGUCACUGAGACUCGGAUCGACGACGUGUUCGCGGAUAUCAAGGCGCUCAGAUGUGAAUUGGGUGUCGCGCAGACGGCCGUGGUUCUGGUUCCCCCCUCCGCGGCGGGCGCGAAAUUCGUCAGGAAUGUGGACCCCGCGAUCAUCGUGCUGCGUGCGAACGCAAUGAAAUCCCGAGGUGCGGUCAUGGCGUCGUUCAAGGGUGCGACCAACUAUGCGAGCCGUUUGGUCAACCAGACGCUGGGUGUUUUCAAACCAGAUGCCCCUGGCGGAACGUGGAAGAAGCUGCAUGUCGAAUCUCUGGACCGGCAGAAAGUGGAGAUCUUCGCUGGCCCAGACAAGUCCACGUUCCAGAUCAAACGCGAGAUGGCCUGCAAGGAGGCGAAGAUCGCGUUCGAUACCAAGUAUCCAGACCGGCGUAUCUGUAUCAAUCGUGAGAAGGGCAUGUUGUCUUAUCAGUGGAAAGAGUUGCUGGAUAUCACGCCACAGUGCAAUGAGGUGCCGUCGCUGCGCUGGAAGAUUCGCAACCUCGAGGCGUUGGGCUUCGACGUCGAAGCUCUGCGCGCAGGGACCUCGGACCAUUCGCCAGCUUGCGUCUAUAUUCAGGUGCGGCAGGAGGCGCCUGCAGGGCAGAGGUCGAUGCCGCGGGUCAUUUUCAACUCGCAGGAGUGCGCAGAGUUUCUCUCGUAUGCUUGGGCCGCGGCGCCCCCGUCGGACGACGCGAGUCAGCCGAUGAGCCGCGAGGAUAUGAAGACGUUGAUGGACGAAGCCGCCCGCUCUGCUCGCGAUCGAAUCAUCCUACGUAAAAGCAUCGCGGCCGAAUUCCUCGCUAUCCGAAGCUGCGCGAGGGCGGUGUUUCAGGGUGACUUCCUGUUUGCCCAGCGUCUGCUUCGUUCGCAUCCGCUUGCUCGGGGGCACCUUGAUGCGCAGCUUGACUCUCGGCAGGUGUCGAGGCUUGACCUUCUCAGGAAACGACAGAAGGGCCUCGCGAAGAUGCAGCAGCUUUGGUCACCCUUCGACAAGAGGAUGCACCUUGCAGUCGUUAGGCUGGACAACGGCACCUCUCUGACCGAGCCGAAUAGCAUGUUGCACCAGUCAGGCGACCAUUGGAAAUCUAUCUUUACUGCGAAGCAAUACGUGAGCGACGCAGCGAGUGCCCCGCUGAUUCAGCGUGCGCCGAAGAUGCCGGCUGUGAUCGACCGGCCUGAUCGUGGCACCACGCGCGCGUGCGCGGACGAUGUUGGCAUGGCCCUUCGUCUCUCGGUGCACUUGCUGCGCGCGUCUAGGGUCUUCGAGGAAGCCGAGCGCGCGGCGAACCUGCGCGCGAAGAGUAUCACAUGCACUAUUGCACCCUUAUGUGGCCCGUUGACGGCUCGGCUGAAUUGCCGCAUCAAAGCUUGGCUUCUGGAACAGAUCCCUGCGUGGAAGGAUUCUGUGAUUGAUGAUGAGCUAGGCUACCUCGGCAUGCUCCUGGGCCCCGCGGUGACCCCGGAGGACCCCUGGAUCAAGCCCGUCGACCAGCACAUCCAGCGUUCACGUACCGUUGGCGGAGCUCUGCCCCAUCCGGCCGGGGAGCUGGCAGUGCUCUCCUGCACGGCCGAGCUCGAGUGCACCAGGGGUGGCCAGGCCGAGGCGGCCCGCUCUCCGACGCGGUGCAGCCUCUCCGUGACGCGGCCCUUCCUCCAGGGGCUGGAGGCUGCCGCGGGCGAGCGCAGGACGAGGAGGCGGCGCAGGGCGCCCGGGGAGCUGCCCGGCAGCCACGCCAGGCGGAAGUUGGCAAGGCUGGCGGCCGAGGGCGACUGGGCCAGGCGCGAGGUCCUGAGCCUGGUCGCAGAGGAGCCGCCCGAGCCCUCCCACGACUCCACGGCGCUGGCGCGGCUGGCGCGGCUGGUGUCGACAACGGGCAGGACAGAGGCGUUCGAUCUGAAGAAUUACCCAGACAGCCACAGUGACAGCCCCGAGCCGCCAAUGAUCAAGUUUCGGCAGGAGAACGAGCGUCGGACGUGGCACUUUGCGCUUCCCUGCGACUACGACUACGACUGCUGCUUCAGGAGAGAGAAAGGCAAGGGGUACACCAAGAACAGGGACAAGGACAAGUACAACAGGCUGCUCAUCGCGGCUUCGUUGCUGACGGCUCUCGUCGAGGCACAGCGCCCGCUGAUGACGAAGAUGGAGAAGGACGCGCUGCCGCUGCCUAUAACACCGACUCUGAUGACUGGCAUCUUGGUCGGCACCUUCUGGCUCUCUCUGCUGGGCGUCGGCUUCUGCUGCCUGUUCCAGGUGCAGACGCCCUCUCUGCUCCUGGACCCUACCGACAAGGGCUUGGUGAUCAACAAGAACUACUGA